AGAUAUCGCUUUUUGAUAUUAUCCAAACAGCUCUCUCUCCCUCUUAUAUACAACUGAGCUUUCCUCGAUCUUCACGAUUCGGCUUUUCAUUUGUCCUUUUGCAUUUCGGAGUCUUCUUCUGGGUGGAUUUUUGGGCGACCUAAUGAAGAAAGUAGGGCUUUUACUGAUCCUCUUGGGGCUAAGCGCGGCCUCGUUUCUAGUGUUUGCGGAGGCACCAACAUGUCCUGCUGAUUUGGGUGGGAAGUGCGACGAUUCUGAUGAUUGGAAGGGGGAAUUCUUCGCUGGAAUCCCAAAAAUUAAGUACGAGGGACCUUCCAGCAAGAACCCACUUGCAUUCAAGUGGUAUAAUGCAGAAGAGGAGAUCCUUGGGAAGAAAAUGAAGGACUGGUUUAGAUUCAGUGUUGCGUUUUGGCACACGUUCCGUGGGACUGGAGGCGACCCUUUCGGCGCCCCUACAAAGUUUUGGCCAUGGGAAGAUGGCACAAACUCUCUGGCUAUGGCUAAGAGAAGAAUGAGAGCCAACUUUGAGUUCUUGAAGAAGCUCGGAGUUGAGUGGUGGUGUUUCCAUGACAGAGACAUUGCCCCUGAUGGUCAAACACUUGAGGAAGCCAACAAAAACUUAGAUGAAGUUGUGGAACUUGCCGAAGAACUUCAGAAGGAAAGCAAGAUCCGACCACUCUGGGGUACAGCUCAGCUAUUUUUGCAUCCUCGUUACAUGCACGGUGCUGCAACCAGCUCUGAGGUUGGAGUAUAUGCUUAUGCUGCUGCCCAGGUGAAGAAAGCAAUUGAGGUGACUCAUUACUUGGGUGGAGAAAACUAUGUCUUCUGGGGCGGUCGUGAGGGUUACCAGUCACUCUUGAACACUGAUAUGGGGAGAGAGCUUGACCACUUGGCAAGAUUCUUCGAAGCAGCUGUUGCCUACAAGAAGAAGAUUGGAUUCAACGGGACAUUUUUAAUCGAGCCCAAGCCUCAAGAACCCACCAAGCACCAGUAUGACUGGGAUGCCGCUACGUCAGCCAAUUUCUUGAGGAAAUACGGACUUAUCGGAGAAUUCAAAUUGAACAUUGAGUGCAACCACGCAACUCUUUCUGGUCACACCUGUCACCAUGAGCUGGAAACUGCGAGACUUAAUGGUUUGCUAGGGAACAUCGAUGCAAACAGUGGAGAUGCUCAGACUGGUUGGGACACCGAUCAGUUUCUGACAGAUGUUGCUGAGGCAACCAUGAUUAUGUUCAGUGUCAUCAAGAACGGUGGACUGGCUCCAGGAGGGUUCAACUUUGAUGCCAAACUGCGGAGAGAGAGUACAGAUGUGGAGGACUUGUUCAUUGCUCAUAUUAGUGGGAUGGACACGAUGGCUCGUGGACUACGCAAUGCUGCCAAACUCAUCGAGGAGGGAACACUGGGUGAGGUGGUGAGCAAGAGAUACUCCAGCUGGGAUUCGGAGUUGGGGAAGCAAAUAGAGGAGGGGAAGGCUGAUUUUGAGUAUCUGGAGAAGAAAGCCAAAGAGUGGGGAGAAAUGAAGGUUGCAUCAGCCAAGCAGGAGCUGGCCGAGAUGAUAUUCCAAUCUGCUCUGUAGAAUCGCCAUCAUCGUCGUCAGAAGAAGAAGAGGUUGCUGUAACGUUUUCAUGGGGAAAAGCAAAAGCUUGAGAUGAAAUAUAAGGGUGGGGGUGUAGGUUUAGAAACCACGCUACUCUUUUUCACUCUCCAAAAAAAAAUUGGUUUUUUCUUCAUAAAUAAUGGUUUUAUGUAUCUAUUUGUUGGGUCAUUUUCUAUCUUCUUCUUUUACAAUUUGCACGGAGGAUUAUAUAAUCACAUACAAAUGCUUCCAACUA